AUGCUGCAGCUCCUGCUCCUGUCGCUCUCGCUUCUGCCUCCUGGGCAGGGACAGGUAGAGAUCAUCGGGGGCCACGAGGCCAAGCCCCACUCCCGCCCCUACAUGGCAUUUGUUCAGUUUCUGGCUCAGAGUAAGAAGCGGUGCAGCGGUGUGCUGGUACGAGAAGACUUCGUGCUGACAGCUGCUCACUGCCGGGGAAGCUCAAUAAAUGUCACCCUGGGGGCCCACAACAUCAAGCAGCAGGAGAGGACACAGCAGGUCAUCCCCGUGAGAAGAGCCAUCCCCCACGAGGACUACAACCCCGAGGACUACACCAACGACAUCAUGUUACUGCAGCUGGAGAGAAAGGCCAAGCGGACUGCAGCUGUGCGGCCCAUCCGCCUGCCCAGGGGCAAGGCCCGGGUGAAGCCAGGGCAAGUGUGCCGAGUGGCCGGCUGGGGACAGGUUGCCACAGGCACUUUAGCGACCACACUGCAGGAAGUGGAGCUAACCGUGCAGCAGGACCAGGAGUGCGAGUCCCUCUUCCACGGCUAUUACAGCAGGGCCACGGAGAUCUGUGUCGGGGACCCAAAGAAGAUGAAGACUGGUGGCAAAGGGGACUCUGGGGGGCCUCUUGUGUGCAGCAAUGUGGCCCAGGGCAUUUUAUCCUAUGCACAAAAGAACAGGACCCCUCCAGGAGUCUUCAUCAAGGUCUCAAGCUUUCUGCCCUGGAUAAAGCGAAUAAUGAAGGGCCUCUGGCAGCAGGCGUAA